ACUACAGAGUACGGACUAUCCAGCCCAUCUUCCGACUCUCGGCUUUGUUCAUCUGAGAUUUCCUCGACUUUCCCUGCAUUCCAUACUUUUGAUAGCUUGUCUGAAGAAUUAGGAUCUGAAUUGUUCGUCUUUUUGGAUAAAAUGCCUUCAAUUACCUGCGCCAAACUGACAUCAUACACCGUAGGCGCUGUGGUUCUUCAAAUGAUUGGUCUCUCGCUCUUCGUCUUCGGUUUCUUCCCCGUCAAACCAUCUCUCUCCGGCUUCAGUGGUGCGGACAGUUUUCGUCCUCCCGGGUAUGAUUCUUCUGAUAAUCAAAAUGAGUCCUCUCUGACUCCGGAUCAGCUGAGAUUAUUGUAUCAGGGGCUAUCUGGGAUCCCUCCUUUGUUUGACCGGCUAAUUUUAAUGGUUGUUGAUGGUCUUCCAGCAGAAUUUGUGCUUGGUAAGGAUAGACAGCCUCCAAGCAAGGCUAUGAUGGAAUCAAUGUCAUACACUCAAUCAUUAUUGGCUAAUGGAAUGGCAAUUGGUUACCAUGCGAAGGCUGCACCUCCAACUGUUACAAUGCCUCGUUUGAAGGCUAUGGUUUCUGGUGCCAUUGGGGGAUUUUUAGACGUGGCUUUCAAUUUUAACACACAAGCUCUUUUGGAUGACAAUCUUCUCGACCAGUUUUUCAGGAUUGGUUGGAAAAUGGUGAUGCUUGGUGAUGAGACGUGGCUCAGGUUGUUUCCAGGAUUGUUUAUUAGGCAGGAUGGAGUUAGCAGUUUUUAUGUUAAAGAUACCAUACAGGUGGAUCAUAAUGUUUCUCGGCAUCUGGGGGAUGAGCUUAGAAGAGAUGACUGGAGUCUUCUGGUUCUUCAUUAUCUUGGCUUGGAUCAUGUUGGACAUAUUGGUGGGCGCAACAGCGCCUUGAUGGCCCCAAAACUUGCGGAGAUGGAUGAUGUGGUGAAGAUGAUUCAUUUGAGUGCGAUCCAGAGACAAAAGAACAAUGAAGGACGGACACUUUUGGUGGUUGUAAGUGAUCAUGGCAUGACUGAGAAUGGUAAUCACGGGGGGUCUUCAUAUGAAGAAACUGAUUCCUUAGCGCUUUUUGUUGGCCUUAAUAGUCACAUGCAUGAUCAGGCAUCAACCACUCGAAACUCAGCAUAUCAGGUGGAUAUUGCCCCAACAUUAGCUCUUCUAUUCGGAGUGCCAAUUCCUAAAAACAAUGUCGGCAUCUUGAUUUCAAAAGCUUUUGAAUCUUUGGCUGAUGAAGACCAGCUGAGGGCAAUGGAGUUGAAUGCUUGGCAAUUAAUUAGAUUACUGCAAGCACAAUUACCAGGUUUAUCAUGUGCCAAUCUCUCGCGCAAGGCAUUUAGUGAUAGUCAUGAAUCCAGAACUGCUCGCUGCAGGGGCAGAAUGGAGAAGAUGCUUUGCUGCUUAUAUAUGAAUGCUGCAGUUUUUCAUAGCUCAUGGAAAUCCAAGAAAGCCUCUAGGUCCAAUAGCAGAGAAGAAUACAGCAGCACUGUUGCAGCAUACUACGAGUUCAUGAAAUCUGCAAGUGAGUGGUUAUCACGCAGUAGUGCUAAUAAACCUGCUGACCUACUUACUUUUGGAGUCACAGCAAUGGCUCUAUCAUGUCUGAUAUUGUUGACCCUUAUAUUUAGCAUGAACAGAGAAGUUUCUAUUGCAGGAAAGCACACACAGAAUAGUAUGCUUUGGUGGUGUUCAGAUGAGUUUUUCAUUGUGGGCAGUAUAUUGAUCCUUAUUUUAAGUAUGGGGUCGAGUUCAAUGGUGGAGGAAGAGCAAUAUAUUUGGCAUUUUAUGACAUCCACGUUUUAUCUAAUAUUGCUUCGCAAAACAUUGAAAUCCUUUGCUGUGGGAAAUAUGAGAAAUUUAUUUGGCUUCUUCAAAUGUCAAAAUGGAAGAACUGGUAUUCGCUUGUGUUCAAUCUUUGUAACUCUUGUAUCAGGGAGAAUUUUAAGAGGCUGGCAUCAAGGUGGUGUUAACUGGACUGAUCUCCCUGACAUUUCUAAGUGGCUUGAGCAGUAUGGAAGUGAUAGUGUAAGAUUGAUUCAACUGACCUCGGGCCUCUUAAUUAUCUGUUUAGGGUUACUUGCACUGUCUUCAAUAGAAUUAAAGAGGAGAGUUGUUAAAUUGGUGGGAUUUAGCUUUUUGAUACCAGGAUUAUUGGUUUUGUGGCAUAUUGUGAGUUCUCAAGAAAUCAAAUUUGCAUCAUCUGCUGAUAAUGCUACUUCAUUAGCACAAAUGAUUUAUGCAACUCUUGGCAUGAUCACAUUUGGGUCUGUCAUGUCUAUACCGUGGCUUAUGCCCAUUCGGAUCUUGGAUAAAUGCACAAAACAUGAUGCCAACUUGUCAACUUUAGCUCUGGUCAAUAUUCAAGACAAGUAUCCGCUGGUGGAAUUUAGAGAUUCUUCAUAUGUGAUUGGGUUGGUGUACCUAUUAUGUUGGUGUCUUUUGCAGCUAUUACUUCAACAACCAAUUAAUUCAAUGCCCAUAUUUUUGCUUCUUGUGCAAAUCUUGGUCAGCAUGAUUUAUUCUUCUAAUAGUUGGCGGCAACCCAAGGAGUGGGUUGAGGUUGCUGCUUUCUACUGUUUGGGAAUGGCGGGCCAUUUUGCCCUGGGGAACAGCAAUUCUCUAGCGACAAUCGAUGUUGCUGGAGCUUUUAUUGGCCUCUCAAGUUACUCAACAUUAAUUUCUGGCAUUUUAAUGUUCAUCAUUACCUAUGCAUCCCCCAUGUUUGCCCUUCUCAGCAUAGUGAUGUACAUAUCUGUAAAGAAGACGAGUCAUCUUGUAGAAUUCGAGAUUGCAGAUUCAGGAUAUCUUCUUAAGAUGAUGCUUGGUCUUCCUUGUCUUGUUCCAUUGGGCUUGAAUUCAAUUAUCUUGGUUGCAUAUACUAUCGUAUUGCUGUUGAUGAGGAAUCAUUUAUUUGUUUGGAGCGUGUUCUCCCCAAAGUACUUGUAUGUCUGCGCUACAACGGUAUGCGUCUAUGUGGGAGUCUUUGUUGUAGCAGCAACUGAGAUUUAUGUAUACUUGGUCCUAAACCUGCGAAGGAAGAAACAAGUCCUCAUUUGUAAUGGUGCCAGAUAGAUAACGCAUGAGAAAUCCAGUUCUAGUUCUUUUAACAACCAGCUCUCAACCCGGUAUUACCUUCUUUUUUAAUUUAUCACCUUGGUCCAUUUGGAAAUUUUAUAGAGCGUAUUGGGUUGCAAGCUGAAGAAUGCACCAGGGAUAUGUUUUGUAUGACAGUAACCAAUAGUUUUUUUUUAAUAUAUAUUUAUAAACUGUAAAUAAUAGUUGGUAAUGAAAUGCACUUGACUGU